CAGUUCUCGAAGCACAUGGAUCCUCACAUGGCUACAAACAAAAUGCCUGCCCAUUGACAACUUGAUCUUGCAUGCCGCCAGUGGCAUUUCUUCACCAGAAGGAUGACCAGGCCGCGAGAUUGCAGGCCACACAAGACCGUCAGUCUUUGUGGCACCUGCGAUGCAAGUUGGAGCAAUGCAGACGCGAGGCCAACCUCAUGUCACGCGCGGUGGACAAGCAGUGCAAGGAUGUCAUGCGUUUGGAGGGGCAGGUCGAGCACGAAGCACAGUCUGCAGUGCAGCUGGAAGCAAAGACAGCGGCCCUACUGGCCAGUAGCCCGGAUGCAGAGCUCCGUUUUCAGAGCGAAGGAGAGAUCGAACUGAUCCAAGAGGAAAAACGCGGAUUGCUCGGAGAGAUCCGCUUCCGCCGCACCAUGAAGCAGGAGCGGCACAAGAAGUUGUUGCAGCUUGAAGAAGCAGCAGAAGACUGGGCUGACGCAGCAGCUGUACCGGUGGACCUUGUUUUGGCCUUGGGACGUGCGCGCUUCGGGGUGGAGGAAGCUCUUCUCAAGCUCACGCGCAACAAUGAGAUGAUGGCACAUGCUUCGGAGGAGCAUGAUGCUUUGCUCCUAUCUUUGCAUACAGCUCGGCAAGAGCGCCGCGUGCGAGUGGCACAGCUGGCCACCGCUGAAUCCGCCCUCUUAGCCUCGCGCGCAGAGCUCGGCAGCGAGCGCGCAGAGGCUGCGCUGGAGAGCCGAAGCACCGCCAUGCUGGAGGCCGAGGCCAACGACUUCCAGGCUGAGAUGACUUUGGAGCGCUCAGAAGAAGAGCAAUGUUGUGUUGCAAUGUCGAGGCUCCAGGAUACAGAGAGUCAAGUCAUGGAAGAGAUGUACACAGAAGAAUGGCUUGCGAGAAGUGCCGUGGAAGCGAAACAACGCAUUUCAAGGCACAUUUCACAGCUCGAUCUCGCUUUGAGGGCUGCCCGGGGUCGACGUUUGCAAGAAGAGUCCUUGGACGCUUCCUUGCAGGCUGCCAGCUUGCAUGAACUUCAUAGCCGAGUGAAUGAGCUCCACAGCGAAGCCAACUCCGUCAAGGCAUCUCAACUUGAGCUGCAGAGCGCAGACCGGAGCUCUAAUUUGCUAGGUGAGAGGAGCAGGCUGAUGAUGGGUGUUGAAUGUGCAAGAGCGCAUCAAUUGGUGGAGUUGUACACCCAGACCUGGGAUGAAUGUGAGGCUUUACGCAGCUGCAUCCGACAGGAGAGCAAAGAAACAGAGGCAGCCAAAGCCCGUGCUCAAGAUGCGCUCCUGGAGAGUGAGGCAGCGGACACCGAGCUUCUGAAAGCGCGCGCCAGGUGCGAGGAUGUUGUUGCUCGCCUCAAAAAUGGGCAAGCGAUGGUUGCAGUCAAAGGGCAGCAACUUCAAGAGCAGGUGACAGAGCGAAGCGCAAAGCAGGACGCCCUGAGUCACCGAAUCGCCCAAGGCCAUGAGCGCUUUCAGCAGCUGAGGGAAGCCGAAGAAGAGCUGCAACGGGAGUUGCUGGCACUUCGCCGUCGAAAUGCCAAUCUGCGAAGUCUAAUGCCUGCUGGCUAA